GCAUAGUGAGAAUUCUUGCAACCGCCGCAAUGGAAUCAUUCAGUGGAGGAGCCGCACUUCCAAGAAUUGUACAGUCUGUGCGACACUGUGCUGUCUCUGGUGUGCCAGUCCACCAGAUCGGCCCUUGGAGACAUCAUUGUCCCGGCCGUAGCCUGAGAAGGUUGCAUGCCUACCCUGGCUGCAUUACCAGCCUCAUCGCUUGUUUGGUGAGUUCCAGCAAAGUGUCCCGGCGCGUAAGGGUGACACCGAAGAUUGGGAACCAUGUUGCAUCUUUGAAAGCGGGUCCGGCAGAUUUGCCGCACUAUUUUCCGAGAAAUAUAGACUUGUCAAAAGUUGAUGAUUCAUUGGAUGCGGAGGUGGCUUCAGAUGAUGAUAUUUGUGAGCUAAUUGGAUACGACCUAGGUGAGGGCUUGUCUGGAGAAAUCAGUGAACCAUUCACUGAAAAUGAGCUUCUGGAAGCAUAUACGGCUAGCGGUUUUUACUCUGCAAAGAGAGCUCGGCAGAAAGCUGCCAUGUGGUUGAUAGGCCCUAGUGCAUGUGGAAAGUCAACGUUGGCACCAAAAGCUGCACAAUGGGCUGGCAUGGAUAUUGAGGGCUAUGUGACAAUUGAUGGUGAAGCUUUCCGGGAUGCGCAUCAAGGCUACCAGAAGGCCAUCAGCGAAGGGCAUCAACACGGAUGUGUUUGGUGGAAUGCCUACCUCGGAAUUCGCGAAAACAUCAAUGAGGAGAAGCAACAACUUCUGGACAGAGCCAAGCAGGAUGGCAAGAAUUUGAUGAUUCCGAGCACCUGCCUCCGCCGGUCACAAUGCGUCGAUGUGGCAGAGGACUUGGUGCAAGCAGGCUAUGAGAUACAUGUAGUUGGCGUUUUUGGAGACAAGGGCACCAUCGUGGAACGAGGACGGAAAAGAGCAUCCAACCAGGGUAAGCGAUAUGACCCUAGAGAGUUUGAGCUUGCUUUGAAGAUGUUUGCACCCAUGCUUCGGCUGUGCACGGGGAUGUGGAGAAUGGUGUGCACAACGGACGCGCCGUCAUCGCAGAAACAAUUUGGAGGAAAGGCUCCUUUGACAGAGAACGACAUUGAACGAAUUUGCAAAGAUGUCUUUUCUAUGUAUACUGAGGCUGAUGUUGCAUGCAGCUGAUUAGAGCUAACAGCUGAGCUGUGUCAUUUUCCAAUUUGGAUGUGGAUUGCAGUAAUGCAACUCGCAUGGCUUUGAGCGGCAAGGGCUUAAUCACCCAUGUCCCGUAAAGCCCAGCAAAACUCUUUCAAAGAAUUGUCGAAUGACGAAGUCGAUGCUUCUGUCAUUUUUUGUCCUUCCUCCUGGGAAACUUCCGCACAGGCGGCGGCGCAA